AUAAUUUAAGACCAGCGGUUCACCAGGCAGUUACAGAGCUAAAAGGCGGUUAUGAUAAGAACUCAGAAAAGUAUCAAAAACUUGAUGAAAUCUCUUUGAAGUUCGAUAAUGCAUAUGAAGGUGUAUGCAGUCUUAGGAAUAUCAGAAAAUCAAAACAAGAAGACGAACUCACUCCAAAUGAAAUCGAGACGAACUUGCGAUCAUUAAAAACUAAUCUUGCAAGUAGCAAAGCUCCAUAUGCACAACAUUUUCGGAAGUAUUUAAAGAAAAAGAAGAAUACCUCAAACCUAUCAUGGAAAGUCCCACUUGCAAGUCAAGUAAUUUGUGCAGAUUCAGAAAUGGUGAAAUUAUUAGAAGAAGAUGUAGAAGCAUACAACUUUUUUAUGGACCCCGUGGAACGUAUGAAAGUAGCAACUCCUCCCAAACUCUCAAAUAGGGAGCCAGAAAGUUCAACAUGCUCUAUGGGAUCGAAUGCCAGAUCAGACAAAAACUCUUAG